UUUUGAUUCAUUCUCUUCUCCACCCAUUCUCCUCCAACUUUCUUUCUCUCUCUCUCCCUCUCUCUCUCUCUCUCUCUCUACAACUCAGAGAGCAGAGAGAUGCCGUUCUGUUACGUUGCCUCGUACCAGAGCGGCGAAGAUGGAGUCGUUGACAAUGGAAUCAAGAUUUUCUACAGAACAUACGGCCACGGACCCAUCAAAGUCCUCAUGAUCAUUGGAUUAGCUGGGACCCACGAUUCAUGGCUUCCACAAAUCGAGGGACUCACUGGUACCGUGAUUCCCAAUGUUGAUCAACUGAUGGCCGCCGUCGACCACCGUGAUGCGGCGGCGGAGCUUGGUGGUGACGGAGAUGAUGAGAGCGGCGGUGUGGAGGUGUGUGCUUUCGAUAAUCGUGGAAUGGGUCGCAGCUCUGUACCCACCAAAAAAUCAGAUUAUGCAACAACAAUCAUGGCAAAAGAUGCAGUAGCCCUAAUGGAUCAUUUGGGUUGGAGAAAAGCCCAUGUUUUUGGCCAUUCAAUGGGAGCUAUGAUAUCUUGUAAGUUGGCAGCAAUGGUUCCAGAAAGAGUUCUGUCUUUGGCUCUACUUAAUGUAACUGGAGGAGGUUAUCAAUGUCUUCCAAAGCUUGACCGGAAAACAUUAUCCAUUGCAAUUCGUUUCUUGAGGGCUAAAACUCCUGAGCAGAGGGCAGCUGUUGAUUUGGACACCCAUUACUCAAAGGAAUAUCUUGAGGAAUAUGUAGGACCUAACACAAGAAGAGCAAUUUUGUAUCAACAAUAUGUGAGAGGCAUAUCAGCAAGUGGGAUGCAAUCGAAUUGUGGUUUUGAUGGCCAAAUUAAUGCAUGUUGGAUGCAUAAAAUGUCAAGAAAAGAACUUGAAUUAAUCUGCUCUGCGGGAUUUCUAAUAUCAGUCAUCCAUGGCAGGCAUGAUAUAAUUGCUCAAUUGUACUAUGCAAGAAAACUUGCUGAGAAGCUGAACCCUGUUGCUCGAAUGGUAGAACUACAUGGAGGGCAUCUAGUGAGUCAUGAGAGGACUGAAGAGGUCAAUCAAGCUCUUGUUGAAUUGAUCCAGGCAUCGGAAAAAAAGAUGAACCCAUAUGACUGGACAAAUAUACACAAGAAAAACUCUGGGUCUGCAGUAAUAUCAUUCAAACCAAAUUUUGAAGGAGGAAGCAAAUUAUCUUUCAUGAUUUACAUUUUAGAGAAGCUACAUGUUUUUGUAUUAUACUUCUUCAGCCUCUUUGUGUUGGCGUUUGAGUAUUUACGACGAGGUUUAAAAAGUCUAAAACCAGUCAAAGUUGGACCUGCCCUAACAUGUUCUAUAUAAUCUGCAAAACUUCUUUUUUAUACUGGGGAUGUGUUUUAGAUUGUCGCCCUGGUGCUCUUUCAAGAUAUAAGUGGUGCGCUUGUAACAUUACCGCAGCUGAAAUCUGUCAAAUAACAUACACAAUUGAUAUGGAAGGAGACUAUUUGAGGAUGCAAUUCAGGUGACGAAGGAGAUUAAACAACCGAUAUCAAGGCGGACUCUUCUUUCCGAGCCAACAAAAUUUAUUUUUUUCCCGAAGUGAACUUAUUUAUCUUUGGAUUUUGAAAAGAUUUCAAUUUGCUCAACAAAUUUUAUGCUUCUGAAGUACAGAAAAAAUAAUUGUAUUCUAUGUAAUGAUGUGUUGUACUAAACAUCUCCCAAAGCUCUUGAAUGGUUUAUAGAGGUGACAAAUUUAAUUUAAUCCAAAGUUUUUAAGGUGAUUGGGCUUUUGGUGUU